AUACAAAUGUUUCUAAGAGAAUAUAUUGAUAAACUAUUUGACGAAACCUUAAAAGUUCUAAAAAAAAGAAAGCGUUCUUAUAGUAAUCAGUAUGCUUUAGAGAAAACGCCAUUCAAUGCUCUAAAAUGGGCACUUAUCGGAUAUAAUGGACCAAUAAAAGAAGUCGUUAAAAGGGCUUGCCAUCAAAGAUCAGCAAUAUCAUUUAAUCAUCAAGAGGAAAAAUAG